AUGCACGAUUUUUUAGAGAGUGCAACAAAUUACCUGUUGGACGACUAUGUGGAUAGCAUUCUAAAAAAUACGAGCGGAUUGAAAGAAAAGAUGGAGAACGGCAUUGAGGCCCUUGAAGUCGGAUGCGGAAGAGGACGUCUGCUAGCCAAGUUUGCGCUGAUGUUUCCCAAGAGUACCUUCACAGCAUCGGACAACGUUGACUUUCUUAUCUAUCAACUGAAAGCUAACCUUGGCCAUAUCCCCAACGUUAAAUACGCUACAAUUGACGUGUGCUAUCCUACAAGCUUGCUUAAGGAGCGGUAUGACUGGGUGUACUGUGCAAAUGUCCUUCACGAUGUGCCCAAUCCACCAGAAGCUCUGAAGAACAUCAGAAAACUGAUGAAACCUGCAUGUGGUACAUUUACUAUGAUUGACGUGGCAACGUCAGGUAGCCCUGUUGAAGACAAAGGGAACAUAAUUGUCGCUUGUCUCUAUGCGGUUAGUUCAUUUAUGUGUAUUCCCGAGAGCUACAUAACCGAAGACAGCUUCGCCAUGGGUACCUGUUAUGGAAAAUAA